UGUUUCAGGGAGAAAUUGUGGCAUAAAUAAAAAAUUUUAAAGUAACAGUACUUGAUUUUAAUUUUGAUAGACUUUGAAGUUGCACCUUUGUCAUUUUGAUAACAUUUUCAAAAUGAUUCAGAUCUUUCAGUUUUUUGUAGCCGGACUGACUGAUCCUUGCUAACACCCUAUACCUUAGCUUAGCGCCAAAUCAGUCCGUUCUUCUUUGUUGUUCCAGGGGAGAGGACGGAAGUUCCUAAGGAGAAUUUUCCACUAAAAUUUCUAGCUUUCGUUAGUCGGGUGCGUUGUCUAAUCUUUUACCUCGCGUUGUGUUCUUUUUUACCUAUCCUAACCGUUAAACGCACCUGAACUCAGCAGACCUUGGAGUCCACAAAAGACCCUUCUUUACUAUCUCACACUGACUAAAGUGUCUUUUCAAUUGGUGUUCCAAUUCUGCCGGAUCUUCACGUGUUCUCUCCGUGCUGCUGUGUCACAACGACACAUGGAGAGUACAAAUCUCACUCGCACUAGUGGUACACGUUCACACGACGGAGACACAGGUGCAACACACUAGCAUUUCCUGGCACUAACAUGCUCACACAGGUAUUUAAAGUUCAAAGACAUAGAUUUAUUUACAUAAUUUACACAUACAACUACUGUAUCUAUCUUCACCUACCUAUCUAGCCUAUCAAACUCUAGCACCUAACUCCCUGGUGUGGGGCAGCGGACCAGAUGCCUUGCGUCACGAUGGUACUUCUCGCUUGCUCAACUGCCAGGGGAGGGGAAAAGGCUGAGUGCCACGAGCCGCUAUUUCCAGCGGACCAGAUGCUUCACAGCACAAAGGUCAUGCAGCUAGGUGUAACAAACCCAAGCAGCUACCACAGCCCAAACAGUGACUACAUGACCAAGCGAGCACGCAACACAUGGCUGGAGGAACGGGCUGCCGUAGCUUUGUUUAUGGCAGCUAACAGGGGACUGGAUAAAAUGUGCAGCAAACUAGUCAAUAGUGGUGCUGACAUCAAUGCACGUAGUCCAAAUGGUCGAACAGCCUUGCACAUUGCCUCAUCACAAGGUCAUGGUCACAUUGUUGAUCUUCUCUUGGAGAAAGGUGCUGAUAUUGAUGCAGAGGAUAAUCAUGGCGAGACUGCAUUAUCAAUUGCAGAGCACUUUGGAUUCAAGUCAUGUGGAAGACAUCUUUUUCUGUUUCACUGGCAGCAGCGUGCCAAGAAGGUCACACCUGCGCGAAACAUUCCUCUCAUGGCACAUCAAAAGAACGACUCCCUCCGCCCAGUGUGGAAGCAUGGACAAAUGGGUCAGAUUUACCUUGCACAGCAACUAGGACCUUCAGAAUUUGCAGGCACUUCUCUAAGUGCACCAAGGCAUUCAGUUCAUCCUUCAGUGCGGCAUAAGCUAGAACGUGACAAAAUGUUCUUUACACAUGUGGAGGAAGAGAGUCGCCAUGAAUCUGAAGAAGAUGACUAUUUUCCUGAUGAUAUAAAAGUACUUCCUCCUAUCAAAGACGUCAAGCUAAAUGUCUCUAAUCACCUAGCGAAAAAGGGAAAAACAAUGAAAAGACCAGACACAUUCGAAGAAUGGCUUAAGAAGCGGAAGGAUUCUGAAGAAAAAAUUAAGGAAGGGAAGAAAAAGCUUCGUGAGGAAGAGAAACAGAAGAAAAUUGAUGAAGAAGAAAAAAGGAAAGAAGAAAGUGACCGCAUGGGUUAUGAAAAGUGGCUAGCCCAAAGACAGCAAGAGAAAGCAGAGCGUGCUUCCCGCCAUGUCUCAGUUACACCACGAUCACAUCGAGAUUACAGUCACUUAAAAGAAGAAGAAUGGGGUGAGGAUGAAGAUCAGAGAACUUCUGAUGAGCCAGGUGCACUGCGUACAUAUCUGAGAUCACUAGGGAGGUCAAGAACGGGUGUACCAUUUGAAGAUUGGUUAAAUGCGAAGGAACAGGAGAUAAUGAAGAUGCCAGCAAGCAUGUACAAGCAGACCAAAAUUAGCUGACCUGGACCUUGAAUGCAAUGAACUGUCCAAGCACACAAAUGAGUAAAGAGUAAGUUAUAUUCAUGUGUAUGUUUCAUGUUACUUCUCAAAAUCCCCUGACUGUAGGUACUGAUAAAGGGUGAGUGUUUUAAUGCUCCUGUUAUGGGUGGAUGGGCAACAGGUACAAGAGUAAAUAGGAUAAUUAUGACCAAACCCAAAAGACUGUCCACCUACUAGAGUUCUGCAAUAGUAUUUACUAUAUUUGUUAAGACCAUCAUCAGCAUGUGGAGAUGUAGAAUGGAAUCAAUGAUUGAGUCGGAGACACAUUAGACAGUUAAGAGUUAAACUGUUUCAGAUUCUGAGUCUGCAGAUAAAAAGUUACAAUAUUUUUGCUUUUGACCUGCAGAAUCUAAAACAGUUCAAACCUUGAUUGUUUAAUGCUUCUCAAAAUGACAAAAAGAAGUGAUUGUAACCUACAGCUUUUUAUCUGCUUAAUCAUUGAUUUAGUUUUGAAGACCCUGAUGUUCUGAAGGAAAAAAAAAAGCACUUUAAAGCUUCGAAUAUUUUUAUUCUGAUAUAAAUUAUAAAAUUACUAAAUGUUCCUCCUUUGGG